UCCUUUUUAGUGUUUAUCCUUUUUUUGCAUCCCCCAAUAGAAUUUAAGAUAAGGACACUAAUUAGGCAAACACAUUUAGUUGAGUCUCAAGUCCAUCUAGGCUAGACAAGGGUAUGGAUUGAAAAUUUUACAAUGUCUUUAAAACUGAAUGCUUGUAAUAUAUUUUCAGAUUUCUUUAUUGUUAUUAUUUUGUGCAAUUUUGAUUUAUUUUUUUCUAUCUCAUACAACUGUAUGAGUUUUACUUGCUCAGCACUAUUCAGAAGGAUCUGCGUCUCUUCAACGUCUAUCCUAUUUACAACCACAUCAUUUAUUCUUCAUAUGCAUAUAUGUACAUUACAUUCACAUAAGCUUUCAGAUCUCACUUCUAAUUUUGUUCUUGUCCAAUGCCCAUGUAUUGGUUACUUCUGUGAUGGAGACCAGAUCUUUAACAUGUUUAGACAGAAGAUGGGCGGGGAAGACGUCAAGGUCUCUGUUGAACUCUCUUUCAUGGAAGCUGUUCAAGGGUGCAACAAAACUGUGGCAUUCCAAACUGAUUUGCUUUGUAGUGCUUGUGGUGGAAGUGGUGUUCCCCCAGGGACAAGGCCUGAAACAUGUAAACGCUGCAAAGGCUCUGGCAUGGUGUUCCAGCAAACUGGUCCUUUCACAGUUCAGUCUACCUGUCCACAAUGCAGGGGAUCUGGAAAAAUUGUAUCGAGUUUCUGCAAGACAUGUAAGGGAAACCGCGUAGUAAGAGGAACAAAAACUGUGAAGUUGGAUAUUAUGCCAGGAGUGGACAAUGAUGAGAUUCUGAAAGUAUAUAGAAGUGGUGGUGCGGAUCCCGAAGGAAAUCAAGCGGGUGAUCUUUAUGUUACUUUAAAGGUUAGGGAAGAUCCUGUGUUCCGCAGAGAAAGGUCUGACAUACACGUUGAUGCUCCUCUGACUAUCACUCAGGCCAUUUUGGGAGGAACAACACAAGUUCCAACUCUGACAGGAGAUGUUGUUGUCAAGACUAGUAAAAACACGACAAUCCUCCCCAACCAAACAAGUCCUUAUGCCAGAUCCUCACAUUUUUUGUACAGAAAUUUGACAGAGAAGCAGCGUAAGUUAAUCGAGGAGUUUGCGAAAGAAGAAGAACGAGAAGAUGAUAAGCGUGCUGCUGCAAGAGCAUCCGGGUGAAUUGAAAUGUGGCCGGAGUAGGAAGAAGAUGAGAAAUAAUUUACCGUGGUCAAAUUAUUUUUGGGAGACCAGUUUUGGACAAACUUUUUCACAUAUAUUGUAAUUGUUUUAUUGUAGUCAAAGUAGCCUAAUCAUAAAUUCAUAAUCAUAGAGAGGAUUUAAGGGUUUUUGGUGGCAUUCAUUAUCAUACAUUCCUCUGUUGUAUAUAUGGAUAUAUUAUUUGUUUUCAUGAAAAGAAACAGUAAUAAAGAUUCUGUGAGGCAUACAAUAAAGUUAUAAAGAUUGU